UUUCAGGUGUAUUUUAUAGUCUGUGAACCUUCCCCGAUCUGGCAACUGAUGGAGGCCCACCCGCUCAGCACUGACGCCGUCGCCGCCGCCGCGUGGCAGUCUCUCGGCCUUUUGCUCGCCCGGGGCCGCCCCGUCCAUCCAUCAGAGCUGGCUUUCCGUUCCACUCCAGAUUUCAUACGCUUCCUCUGCUCAAUUCCUGACUCUCCUAUCUCUCUAGCGGAUGAUGACCUAGUCACUUUCUCGCAAAUCGGAGUUGCCACUCUCGUCGAUUUCUUGUCCAAUUCAGAUUUGAUUUCGAGAUACUUGGAUUUGCCACAAUUUGUGCCGCGUUUGUUGGCAAAUGUUAGGUCAAGUGCCCUCAUGAGGACGUAUUGUAGAAAAAGGAAGAGGAUCGUAGGGGAGAAUGAGGAAUUUGUGACUAUGAAAAAGAAGAGGUUCUACCUGGAUUUAGAUGAUAAAAAGAGCUCAAACCAGAUGGCGAUUACAAUUCCCCACAAAUUUCAGAAUGUCAUCACUCAAGGUACUGAGACAUUAUCAAGCCUCCCAUCACUCUCAGCUUCUGACUGCUGGAAACUUAAAAGAGACAUGUUUAUACCUGUAGCGCAUAGAGACUUUGAAUUUAAAGCAGAUGAAAUUCCGAAAAAGCUGAGGCUUAGCUAUUUACAUAGAACGAGUUCUAAGCCUUAUUUUCAAGAUCUAGGUAGUGUUCCACAUAGACACCAAAUAAUGGCACAAGAAUUAUCAAAUUCCAUUCCUUAUCCCGACAAGCUAUCACAUCCAUUGAGUAGUAAUUUCGAAGAAGGGAGUGGAAUUGGUAUAGUAGAUCCUGCAUCAUAUAAGUUAGAAAUAGAUGAGCAGAUGACAGUAACACCAAGAACUGAUGCUGUUAAUCAAGGUUGUGAUUCGUUGACUGAAAGUGGUGCUGAGAAAAAAAAGGAAGUAUUUGUACAUGAUUCUGGUAGUUGCAUAGGACAUAUGGAGCAUCAGCCAUUAGAUAAAACCCAUAACCCUGAAAAGGCAGUGCCUAAAUCCAAUAAUAAGGAUCACAUUUCCAGCAGACCAGGAACGGCAGGUCAUCUACAAAGCCAGAGAGACACUCCGAAUCGUUCCAACAAGCAUUCCUCUGCUCUCAAUCCUAAUAGGAGAAAAACUAUCUGCCCAACCACAGAGAAUCACAAGCGCCUUACUGAUAAAGGCCAAGAGCAAUGUAAAAGAGAUAAAAACACAGUUUCUACACAGCAAACGAAAAAGAUAGACUCUGACCAGAUUCUAAAUGCUAAAGAUAAGAGGGAUGCAUCAGUUGAGAAUAGGGAAAAGCCUUCCUCCAUAUCCAAUGAUUCUGAGCAAGUAUCUUUUCCGGAAUUUAAGUCAUUUAUUGUGGAACAAGAAGAGGGUUCAGGAGGUUAUGGUACAGUUUACCGGGCAAGAAGGAAAGCUGAUGGAGUAAUAUUUGCCAUCAAAUGCCCUCAUGUCAACGCCAAUAAACACUACGUGAAUAAUGAGAUAAAAAUGCUAGAGAGAUUGGGGGGGAAAAACUUUGUGAUAAAGUAUGAAGGUUCAUUUAAGAGUACGAGUGCUGAUUGUCUUGUUUUACAGCAUGUUCGGCAUGAUAGACCUGAGAUCUUAAAAAGAGAAAUGAAUGUUGCCGACUUACAGUGGUAUGGUUAUUGUCUGUUCAAAGCCCUUGCUGGUCUACAUAGGCAGGGAAUUGUUCACAGAGAUGUUAAACCUGGAAAUUUUCUUUACUCCUGCAAGGACAACAAGGGUUACCUGAUUGAUUUCAAUCUUGCAUUGGAUAUGCGCAAAAAGUAUGGGACAGUCGAUAAUUCCAAAUUUGGUCAAAAUUUGGAUGAUCCUGCCAGUUUUGGGCUGACAAAUUCUUUGUCGCCUGUGAUAGAUACGACAUGCAUAAACAGAGUAAACAAAAAUGUUGGAAAAGUCUGUAGAUCCCUUUUACCUCCCGGGAACCUGAAAAGGAAGGUUGACAAAGCAAAGGUUAUCACUGAAGCUAGCAGCUGGAAUCUCAUUAAAAGUCAGGGUGCUGAUGGUUCUGGGAUAACUUCUGCCAAGGAUGCAACAAGCACUAGAACUGUGUCUGGAGAAAGGUUGAGAGAACCAUUACCAUGCCAUUAUACUAAAAGGACGGAGCUGUUAAACCUUGUUCGGAAAGCCGUGCAGGGUGGAAAUCAUGGAUCUGUCGAUGCUCCCAAAUCAAAGAGAAAAAGAGUUGCUGCACCUGCCGGGGAUGUAGGUAGAAAACUUUUGUAUGUCACUCCAAUGCCACUGCAUGCUAAUGGAAAUGCCAUUUGUGGGGCUGGAUUACUUAAAACCAAAGGAGAUGGGAAGCCGACCAGAGAGGGUCCCUGUGCUGGAACUAAAGGCUUUAAGGCUCCAGAAGUAUUAUUCAGAUCUCUACAUCAAGGUCCUAAGUCUGAUAUUUGGUCCGCUGGAGUGACCUUACUGUACCUGUUGGUUGGCAGAACACCUUUCACUGGUGAUGCAGAGCAGAACAUAAAAGAGAUAGCAAAGUUAAGGGGCAGUGAAGCUCUCUGGGAAGUCGCAAAGCUGCACAACCAUGAAUCAUUAUUUCCAACGGACCUGCUCGAUGUAAAAUACACAGCACCAAUGAGUCUUCAGGAUUGGUGUGCACAAAAUGUACGACGACAGGAUUUCUUUGAUGCCAUACCAAGUUCACUAUUUGAUCUCGUAGAUAAGUGUUUAAUGGUGAAUCCACGACAGAGGAUCACCGCAGAUGAAGCUCUAGCACAUGACUUCUUUGCUCCAUGCCAUCAGGCAAUCAGAAAGCUGAGGCAGCGAAGGCAAGCACAGGCCGAAGCUGUGGUGGAUCAAUAGGUAUUAAUGCAACUUUUAACAGAUAGUAAAAUUAUAAUCUAGUUACAAUACAAGUACGUUAUUACUUGACAUUUUAUUCCUAAAAGGUGUUGCUUUUUGUGUAGAGCUUCUAUCUCUGUAGUACAGUAUUUUUCUUUUUUCUUUGUUUUGUCCGUUGUAACAAGGCAAUUCCUUAAAUGUUUAUUCCAUUGGAAUUUGUAUAUAUACACUCCCAGAUUUAUUCAUUAUUUCGACCAAAUUUAAGAAGGCGUCAGUGACC